AUAUUUCGAAAUUCAUUUUUUAAGGAAUAUUUUGCCGUGCAUCAAAAAUAUCAAUUUAAAGACGAAAUAUAUUAAUAAUUGCAUUCAAUCAAUAUGGAUUCUCUUGGAGAAGUAGGGAAAAAGAUGCGGUCCGCUAUUAAAGCAAAACUAUUAGAACUUGGGACAGGUUCUCAAAGCGGAUAUAUUGAUGAUGAGCUUCCAGACUACGUUAUGAUUAUGGUCGCAAACAAACGUUCAAAAAGCCAGAUGUUGACCGACUUGAAUUUGUUUUUAGGAUCAAAUACAGAAAUAUUUGUGAACUGGCUGCAUCAAGUUCUACAGAAGCUACAAGAAGUGACACUUCCAAAUAACUUGGCAUCUAAAACUAAGAAAAAAGAAUCUGAAGUUAUAACGAAAAAGGAAAAAAAGAAAGAUAAGAAAAAGAAUUCUAAAGAGACAUCAAUUACUGACGUAAUUGCAGUGGAAUUAAUAGAAAAAGCUAAAAAGACUCUUGAAGUAGAAAAAGAAGUGAAAAAAGAAGCAACAAAAUCGCCAUCGCCACAACCAGCUACAGUAAUCAAAGCGAAAAUGCCUGAUCCACCAGCACCACCUCACAUCAACCCUCCAGCAAUGUCGGAUCAUGAAAAAGAUAAAGAUGAUGACGAAUUUGAUAUUCCAACAAUAAGUGAAAUUAAAACAUCAGCAGGCAAUCAUAAUCUGCAUAAGAAAGAACUUUCACAGCUUCAAGAACUUCAGAAUCGAAUUUACAAGACAAAAAGGAAACUUCAAGAAUUUGGCUCUGACUCUGAAGACGUCCCAGCAUCAAAAAAACCAGUAAAGUCACGUUUAGGUGUAAAACCAAUCGAAAACACAAAAUCAUCGAAUAUUAUUAGUUUAUCAGCAAUAAGACGAACUGAAAAGGAAAUUUAUGUUGCUCCAAGUUUUAAGAAAUUAAUUGAAAGGCAAAAGGAAGAAAAUGAUCGUCGUGGGAGUGAAAUUAUGCGACGUUCUGAUUCUAACAAAUUGCCGUUGAAUACAAAGCACAGUCGUCGCUCACGAUCAGUGUCAAGAUCACGUGAACGCUACCGACCAAGACGAGAUCGUUCCAGAAGUCCUGUUAAGCGUUCUCGAAGUCCAUACAAAGCAUCGCGUAGUCCAAAACAUCGUUCAAACAUCCACCAACGAAUUGGAUCGCGUAUCGUCGCGAAUUCACCUGAAAAAGAUGCUCCAGUUCGUAUAAAGUUUCGUCCAGCUUUAAAUAGCGCUGUAACAGCACAAGCUGGGAAGAACCUUUUGCUUCGUGCUGUAGCUGAAGCUCAACGUUCAACAGCUCUCGCUUCGCAAAUGCAGCAAAGACGAAAGCCACAAAGAGAUAAUAUUGUGAUUCAUGUACCGCUUCGUAAAGAUAAGCGAAACAUUCGAUUAGAUGAAGAAUAUAUCCCUGAAGCUGUUUCAUCGCAAACAGAAUCAGACGCUGAAUAUCAUCCGUCAAUUCACAAUAAGCCUCCAGUUAUUGACGAUGGGGAUGAUGGUGACGUUGUCUAUUUAAAUAAUGUUGAAGAUGUUGAAGAUCUCGAAGAUCUCGACGAAGAAAUGCCAAAGAGUCCACAAUUUGUUGUUACACUUGAAGGUGUGACACAAUUUGAUAAAAAAUCAAAAUCAUCAUCACAUUCGCCAACACCACCUCCAGUGAUUAAACGAAAAUCUAUUAAAGAUCGUAUUGGAAUGAAGCCAGUAAUCCCGCCAGGAAAUUGGGAGGAACGACAAACAGUCAAAAGGAAGUCUGAAGAAGAAAGUGAGUCACAACGUGCUUAUAAUCAAGCAAAGAAAACUCGACUGUCACCAAUUAAAUUUGACUUAACUGAUGACGAAAAUGAAGAAAGAAAGUCACGUGAAACAUCAGUUGAGCGUCGUAGUGUGACUUCUGAAUCCAAUAAAGAUGAUGAGAAGAAGAAUGAGGAGCAAAAUGGUGAGGAAAUUGCAAAACGGAUAAAAUUAGAGCCAUCAAGAAGCUUCGAUCAUGUUCCACCAUUACUCAGUUCAGUUGCUGUUCCUGUUCCUGAAGUUGCUAAGCCAAUUGUGAAGACAAAAGAACGUUGCAAGUUUUAUCCAUUAUGCACAAAUGCCAGCUGUGCCUUUUAUCAUCCCACUCACCCAUGCAAGCUCUUUCCAAAUUGUAAGUUUGGUGAUUCUUGUGCUUACAUUCAUCCACGUUGUAAGUUUGACACAUCAUGUACAAGAGAAGAUUGCAAUUUUAGUCAUUCACAAGCAAAUGUCGGACAAAUUAUUCCGCCGAUUGCUUCAUCAGUUGUUCCAGUUCAGAACUAUAAGUCAAUAAGCAUUACUCCUAACACGACAAUCUGCAAAUUCUUUCCAGGAUGCACCAACACAAAUUGCAUCUUUCUUCAUCCAAAAGUCUGCAAAUUUGGCAAAGCAUGUCUCAAUAAAUUUGAUUGUAACUUUUAUCACUUUGAGACAUCAAGCAAGAGCAAAUUUAAGUGGGUGUCGCCACUUUCUUAGGUUUAAGGACUUUUCAACAUGCUUUUCAUUUUUCUUUUUGUGCGGUUUUAGAAUACUCCAAGUGAAUUAAAGAAUUAACAUAAACAAAGUUUAAUGAGACUACCUACAUAGUUAGGUUGAUAAGCGAUUUUUAAUUGCUCAUCUUAUUAAUUAUCGUCUUUAAACUUCAUCAUUAAACUUCAAUUAAUACUUUCAACAUGAUAAUUAAGAAAUGUGUUCUUAUCAUGUUAACGAAAUUGAAUUUAAUAUAAAAUUAAUUAUAAACAGA